GGCCACGUCGCCUUUUUCGGACCAUGGGAAAUUUUUGUUUUCCUAUUUUUUCAGCGUUUGGUCUUACCUUCGGAGUUAAGACACCUUCUUAUCUUCUUUUUCUUCAUUAUCGUUCUCUAUCUACUCUCGCUCCCAAAAUAUGGCGUCGACUCUAUCAUCUGCUAUCUUGCGCCUCCCUCUCUCCUCCACUUCAUCCGUCGCUUGCUCCCUUCUCCCCUCCGCCGCAUUCACCAGUCACAACCAUGUUCCAUCAUAUCUCCGCCAAACGACCCCUCUGUCCUCCCUCUACUCACUCACCGUCGUCGACGCCCUAGAGAAGGCCAUCCAUGUCGGCAAUAAAUCUAGAUCCUAACCAUCUCUGAUGCUCAGAAGCUCGUCCAGUACAUCGAUGGUUAAUUCCUCUCCCGAAAGCAAGUGCCCGUCCAAAUUUGCCAACCGUAGCCUCCGAAGAGGUGAGCCCGCCAACGUUUGCCGGCCACUUCGCGACUUGUGAUUGCAUUUCUGCGCGAAUCGGGCCUCGAGAAAACGCUGUUGCACGAAACCCUCGUGUUGUUAUGCUUUGUCUUCUUAUUUGCUUCACUGAAAUUUCGUUUUCUUCUUUUUUGGAUUUGUAAAAAUAUAUUUUCCUGUUUUUUGAAAUGUUAGUUUUGAAGGAGCUGGUGAGUGAGGCCACGAAAUAUGUGUUUCCAAGUAGGAAAUUUGAGAGCAGAAGCUUUGAGAAAGCAUUGAUAUCGGGUGGUCUUAGCAUACGAUCAUUUCUUGAUCUUGAGACGGUGGAGUUUUAAGUUCUGAAACGGAAGGAGUUGUAUUAGAUAAGAAAAGUCGAGUAUGUCCAUGAAGUUUUGCAGGCUGGACAGCGCGACUACCAUCGAUCCAAAUCCUCAACGACUAUCAGAGGAGAGCUUACUAAAGAAGCGAUGAAAAGUGAUCCAACAAAAUCAGUAAUUCUCAGUGUCUCUACAAUCUUCUGCGGUCGAGAAAAAAGUUAAAUUAUGUGUUUCAAAUUUUAGGAAGAGGAUGAGAUAGCAUUUGUUGUUCGUAUUCAUUUUUUUUUUUUUAAUAAAAGGUUAGGUUCAUUUUGACUCGCACAAUUUUAAUUGAACCGUACUGGUUGGAUUCUGAACUUCUAUUUACAUCUACAUAGUUGAUCUAACUUUAAGAUUUACAUUUGAUCUAACUUUAAGAUUACAAGUCGUUCUGUUUAUGAUAAUCAAUGUAGUUUGAAGUCGUGUAACUAUAAUUAUGGUUUUAUUUGAUAAUAGCCUAUUGGAUCUUUCUUUGUAUUGUCUGCAUAUACUUUGACAGGGAAUAAAGGUUACAAAGAGUAGCUGCUGGAGGUCCACUCUUAGCUGGCAAAGCCAUUUUGAGCACCAGGCAUUUUGGGGGUUGUAAGCCAGCCAUUGGCAUGCAGUUCUCCCAGUCGUGAUGCAUCUGCUGCUGUGCAUAACUCGAAAUUGGUACUGCUCGGCGUUUGGUCACUCAAAAGAAGAAUAUUGAGGUUGAAUCAGUUUGUGCUGUUGGGAAAUCUGAUUUUGAAAAGACAAGCAAGUAUUUCCGUGCAGAUUCAGAUGCUUGACAAGGAACAAGAUGAAGAUGAUAAGGAUCUCGACUUCUAAGCUCUAAAAAAUGGCUUUCAUAUCUAGACAAGUCGUUGUUGCUCCAUUCUCACCCUUCGUGCAUUUAGAUUCAGAGACUAAGACUGCAGCUUCGAAUUGGAUUUUGAAUAAGCAAAUGGUGAUUGAGGUUGUUUACAUGCUAUUUAGAUUUUACUCUAAUUUUGACGUUCGCCCAUCAAAAUGCCUGAUGGACAAUGAGAUGUCGAAUGAUCUGGAAAAUUCCAGCGUGGGUGAAGACAGAAAGCUAUUUAAGCUUGUAGAUAUAAAUCACGAAGCUCGGGAUUCAAGGGUAAAACUAAAAUCAUUACGAACUCUCCACGCGCGGCAUGUCUGUUUCAAAGGUGAGGAGAAGAAAACUUGGUAGUUUGUAAGUGGGUAAUAGUUAUUUGGACAAUUUUUUAUUCUGGAAUUUUUGGCUAAUUGUUGUGCUUUGGACUUGGAUUAUAUUGCGGACUGAUGAAAAAUCGGGAUCCAAGAUGGGAAGACAAGUUUCAGUUCGUAAUUUUGAGCGGGAAAAUAUUUUUAUUUCUAUUGACACAAUUUCAGAAGUUUCAGUUCGUAAUGGACCAAUCUUUGUUACAAUAAUUGACAUAAUUUUGAGCGGGAAAAUAUUU